AUGAUCGGUAGAGUACAAAGAUGUUUCCUAGCGCUGGUUGCUGCUACCAUUAUUCUUGGGGUAUCUGCAAUCAGCCCGUUCCCAUAUUCUCUUGGAGUCCGCGACUCCUUAAUGAUAGCGCAUAGUUUUCAUAGCCACCCAAAAUUUGGCCCUGCUGGUGGCAUGCAUGGAGCAACAUACACCUGUGAUGUAGAGUUCUUAACCGACAAGCUCCAUCCUGAAACGAACUGGGUCAUUGAUAUUGGAAAGGCUUCAGAUAUUGUCUCCGAUGUGUUGAAGAAGUAUAAUUUGAAGAAUCUGGAUGAAAUCUUUGGAGAUAAUGUGAUGACAACCACAGAAUUCAUGUCGCGAAAGAUACAUGAUGAUAUCAAGAGUAGACUGAAAGACGACUGCCGUGACUUCGAUGGUGUGAUUUGCGUUAAACUUUAUGAAUCCCAUAAAGCUUGGGCAACCUAUACUGGCCCUCGCUGA